AUGAUUGGCUCUGAUAAUAGCACUGCACGGAUGAUCUCCGUCAUCGCAGGGACGCUGGUCGCUCUGUCGUGUGGAACCAAUUAUGCCUACUCGGCAUGGGCACCCCAAUUCGCCCACCGCAUGAAGCUCUCGUCGACCGAGAGCAAUCUGAUCGGGGCCGCGGGAAACCUCGGGAUGUAUGCGAUGGGCAUCCCAUUGGGUCUGUUGACUGAUUCGAAGGGCCCUCGGUUGAUGUCGCUGGUCGGCUCGGCCUGUCUGGUGGUGGGCUACUAUCCCAUUCAUUUAUCGUAUGCGAGUGGUCCGGGAUCCGUCCCAGUUGUUUUUUUGUGCUUCUUUACUUUCCUUACGGGUACCGGCGGUUGCGCUGCCUUUACUGGCGCUAUCAAGACAGCCGCCUCCAAUUACCCUAACCACCGCGGCACAGCAACUGCAUUUCCUCUGGCUGCUCUUGGGCUCAGCGCCAUGUUCUGGUCUACUAUCUCCACCCUCAUUUUCAAAGAGGACACCGGCAAUUUCCUGCUGCUACUCGCCCUUGGCACCUCUAUCCUGUGUCUCGUUUCAAUGCCCUUCCUCCGGAUCUUCGAAGUCGAGUCCUAUACGUCGGUAUCACACGGAGACUCACGCCGUCCAACCGAAUCGAGAAGAAUGCGCCGACCGACAGAUGCAUCUGCAUCGGAGAGUUUCCAGGAACCAGACGUGCAUAGCUCAAGGGCUUUUCUGAGUGAGCACACAACUCAUGCGCGGUCCCACUCGCGGUCCCUCUCUGCUUCGAACACCCGUGCCUCAACCCAACGCGCCCGAGGCUACAGCAAUGACUUGAACGAAAGUUCAUCGUUAGUCUCCAAAAACUCCAAACACGAGCCGCGAUCGUCUAUCGAUAGCUCGGACGACGAUUUCCUCCCCGAUGUCACUGUCGAGCAGUCGCAACCCGAUAUCAGAGGUAUGGCCAUGCUUCGGACGGUAGAGUUCUGGCAGCUGUUCAUGACUAUGGUGCUCCUGUCUGGCAUUGGAUUGAUGACUAUCAAUAACAUUGGCAACAGCGCCAAGGCACUAUGGCAGUUUUACAACGACAGGACCACCCCUAAGUUUAUCCAACAGCGACAAGUGAUGCACGUCUCGGUACUUUCAUUCGGCAAUUUCCUCGGGCGUCUCUCAAGUGGUAUUGGCUCCGACUUUCUUGUCAAGGAGCUUGAGCUGUCCCGAUUCUGGUGCCUCUUCACCUCGGCCGUGAUUUUUACCCUGACCCAACUUGCCGGAGCUUCCAUUUCCGACCCCAACAACCUCGUGGCCGUUUCUUCUUUCACCGGACUGGCCUACGGCUUCCUGUUCGGCGUUUUCCCUUCGCUGACAGCACACACCUUCGGGAUCAACGGUCUGUCUCAGAACUGGGGUGUCAUGACCCUGGCCCCUGUUCUGAGUUCCAACGUCUUUAAUCUCCUGUACGGCGCCAUCUACGACCACCAUUCCGUUGUUGGAAGAGAUGGGGACCGUCAGUGUCGCCAAGGACUGAGCUGCUACCGCUCGGCAUACUAUUUCACCUUCUUCUCCGGGCUUGCCGGUCUCGGGGUUUGUAUGUGGAGUAUCAUUCGGGAGAGGCGCAAUCAGUCUCAGGGGAAGAAGCCAAGCUACCGGGUUGCGUGA